CGCACGAUCCUGCGCCCCCGCGAUCCCCACCGUUCGUUCCCCUAACCCACCGCGUGACCCCCCACCCGAAAUUCAAAUUUCGAACCCUUGCCCGCACGCGGCGCUCCCGCACCCCUUCGCCUUCCAUAAACCCCCCAGGUCCCAACCCCAUUCCCUACGACCCCCUAGAUCCCCAAUCCUGCACCACCCACCCGAAACCCUAGCGCACGCACACGACCUCCGUGUGCAGCGCGGCCCCGCCAUGGCGGCCCCUCUGCAGUCCAGCUCCGGCCACAACGCCGCCGCCGGGGGAGGCUGCGGCAAGACCAUCGAGGAAAUGUACCAGAAAAAGACGCAGCUGGAGCACAUCCUGCUGCGCCCCGACACCUACAUCGGCUCGGUGGAGAAGCACACCCAGACGCUCUGGGUCUACGAGGGCGGCGCCAUGGCGCACCGCUCAGUCUCCUACGUCCCGGGACUCUACAAGAUCUUCGACGAGAUCCUCGUCAAUGCCGCCGACAACAAGCAACGCGACCCCAAGAUGGACGCGCUCCGCGUCGACAUCGACGUCGCCGGGUGCUGCAUCUCCGUCUACAACAACGGCGACGGGAUCCCCGUCGAGGUCCACCAGGAGGAGGGCGUCUACGUGCCGGAGAUGAUCUUCGGCCACCUCCUCACCAGCAGUAACUAUGACGACAACGAGAGGAAGACCACUGGCGGGAGGAACGGCUACGGUGCCAAGCUCACCAACAUCUUCUCCACAGAGUUUGUCAUCGAGACCGCCGACGGGCGCCGCCAGAAGAUGUACAAGCAGGUUUUCUCUGAAAACAUGGGGAGGAAGUCAGAGCCCCAGAUUACCAAGUGUAAGAAGGGGGAGAACUGGACCAGGGUGACCUUCAAGCCUGAUCUUGCCAAGUUCAACAUGACCCAUCUCGAAGAUGACGUUGUAGCCCUCAUGAGGAAGAGAGUGGUUGAUAUGGCAGGCACUAUUGGCAAAACCGUCAAGGUUGAGUUGGAUGGCCACAAGGUGCCUGUAAAGAACUUUGCGGAGUAUGUGGAGCUGUAUAUUCAGUCCGCUUCCAGGGACAGACCUGAAGGACUCCCAAGGAUUUUUGAGAAGGUAAACGAUCGGUGGGAGGUGUGUGUGAGUCUAAGUGAAGGGCAGUUUCAGCAGGUCAGCUUUGUAAAUAGAAUUGCAACCAUAAGGGGUGGGACUCACGUUGAUCAUGUCACGAAUCAAAUUGCCACCCAUGUGAUGACCAUUGUGAAUAAGAAAAAGAAGAAUGCAAACAUGAAAGCGCAUAAUGUAAAGACUCAUUUGUGGGUCUUCGUUAAUGCGCUCAUUGACAACCCCGCCUUUGAUUCACAGACCAAGGAGACCUUGACCACUCGUCAGGGAAGCUUUGGGUCAAAGUGUGAGCUUUCUGAUGAUUUCCUCAAGAAGGUUGAAAAAUCCAGUGUUGUCAGCAAUCUCCUCUCCUGGGCUGAUUUCAAACUUAGCAAGGAACUAAAGAAGACUGAUGGAAGCAAGAUGUCAAGAAUUUUUGGUAUCCCAAAGCUUGAGGAUGCAAAUGAGGCUGGUGGGAAGGACUCUGACAAGUGCACCUUGAUCCUGACUGAAGGAGACUCAGCAAAGGCUCUCGCUAUGUCUGGCAUAGCUGUAGUAGGGAGAGAUCACUAUGGGGUGUUUCCUCUCAGGGGUAAACUGUUAAAUGUGAGAGAAGCAAACCAUAAGCAGAUAAUGGAAAAUGCGGAAAUUCAGAACAUAAAGCAAAUCCUCGGUUUACAGCAUGGAAAACAGUAUGAUAGUACAAAAGGCUUGAGAUAUGGUCAUCUCAUGAUAAUGACAGAUCAGGAUCAUGAUGGUUCCCACAUCAAAGGAUUGUUGAUCAACUUCAUUCAUUCAUUCUGGCCAUCUCUUCUUAAAGUUCCAUCUUUCUUGGUUGAGUUCAUCACUCCGAUUAUCAAGGCAACCAAUAACAGGAACAAACAUAAUGUACUUUCAUUUUACACAAUGCCAGAGUAUGAAUCAUGGAAGCAGAGUCUAGGAGGAAAUGCAAGUGCAUGGACUAUAAAAUACUAUAAGGGGCUGGGAACAAGCACAGGCAAAGAAGGUGUGGAGUACUUUGAAAAUAUCAAGAAACACAAGAAGGAUUUUGUCUGGUUGGAUGACCAUGAUGGUAAUGAUAUCGAGUUAGCAUUCAGCAAGAAAAGAAUUACUGAUAGGAAAGUCUGGCUCACCAACUUUCAGCCUGGAACUUACCUUGACCAACGUGAGAAACAAAUCAAGUAUAGUGACUUCAUCAACAAAGAGCUGAUACUCUUCUCAUUGGCGGACCUUCAGCGGUCAAUACCUUCAAUGGUAGAUGGCCUCAAACCAGGUCAGAGGAAGAUUCUGUUUUGUUCGUUCAAGAGGAACUUUGUUAAGGAAGCUAAGGUAGCUCAGUUUUCUGGUUACGUGUCGGAACACUCUGCGUACCACCAUGGUGAACAGAGUCUAGCAAGCACAAUUAUUGGAAUGGCUCAAAGUUUUGUUGGCAGCAAUAACGUAAACCUUUUGCACCCUGGAGGCCAGUUUGGUACCAGAUCUCAGGGAGGAAAAGAUGCUGCGAGUCCUAGGUACAUCUUCACCAAACUAUCACCUAUCACUCGGGCAAUUUUCCCAAAGGACGAUGAUAUUCUUCUUAGUUAUCUAAAUGAAGAUGGACAGUCAAUUGAACCCACCUGGUAUGUGCCAACCAUUCCCAUGGUUUUGGUCAAUGGAAGUGAAGGAAUUGGUACUGGAUGGAGCACCUAUAUCCCAAACUAUAAUCCACGAGACAUCGUUGCUAACCUAAGACGGUUGCUGAAUAAUGAGAAUACUGAACCAAUGCACCCUUGGUACAGGGGGUUCAAGGGCUCUAUUGAGAGGACAAGUACAAAGGCAGCUGGUGUCACAUACACAAUCACAGGUGUUAUAGAGGCUGUCGACAGUACUACACUGAGAAUUACUGAGCUGCCAAUCCGCCGGUGGACACAGGACUACAAAGAUUUUAUUGAAUCUCUGGCUCCAGACAGCAAGAACAAGGACAAAAUUACAUUUAUCGAGGAUUACAGGAUGCAAGGUGAUAAUGAGGAUGUUUACUUUGAGCUCGUAUUAAGUGAGGAAAAUAUGAACCUUGCUAAGGACGAAGGACUGGUGAAGAAGUUCAAACUGACAACAACAAUUGGAACAACGAACAUGCACUUGUUUGACUCAGAUGGUAAAAUUCGAAAGUAUGACACUCCGGAGCAAAUACUUGAAGAGUUCUUUAAAUUGAGGCUUGAAUUCUAUGAGAAAAGAAAGAAAGCAUUAGUGGAAAAUAUAGAGCUUGACUUGAAGAAGCUUUGUAAUAAAGUUAGGUUUAUCCAUUGUGUUGUUGAAAAAGAAAUCGAAGUCCGUAACAGAAAGAGGGCAGAACUAUUUGUGGAGCUUCAGCAGAAGAAAUUUGACCCGUUCCCGAAGAAAAAGAAAAAGGACGAGCCAGCUGCUGUUGGAGCUACAGAAGAGGAGGAAGAAAAUGAAGAAAGUUCUGAAGCUGCAAAAGGAAUUGCUCUUGCAAGUGACUAUGAGUAUCUCCUCUCAAUGGCCAUUGGCACCUUGACUCGGGAGAAGAUAGAGGAGCUCAAUGCUGAGAAGGCCAAAUUAGAGAAUGAAGUUAAGGAACUGAAGCAAACAUCACCAAAAUCACUUUGGUUGAGAGACCUUGACACUCUUGAGAAGGAACUGGAUAUACUUGAUCAAAUGGAUGUAGAGGCUGAGGAGGUAAGGAGACUUAGGAGGGAAGAGCAGGUUAAGAAAGAGAAAGGUAAAAAAGGACCCAAAGCAGCCCCCAAGAGACAAUCCAAAAAGAUUGGACCUAAACCUCAAAACGUGAAAAGUUCCACAAGUGACACUCCAGGGAAUGCGGCUGAACCAGCUGUUGAGGAAAAGCGUCCAGCUCAACAAAAGAAACAAACAAAGAAGGCUAGUGCACCGGCGAGUGAUAACGAAGAGGACGAAGUGCCCGCACUAAAAGAUCGUCUUGCAGCUUUUAACAUUGAUGAUUCCUCCCCGGAUAAUUAUGCCAUGGAUACUGAAACAACAGAAGGACAGCAGAAUGAAAACAAAGGGAGGAAGGGACCAAGCAAAAGGGGCGCAGCAAAGAAGCCAUCGUCAUCCUUAGCGGUGACAUCUUCUGAUGAUGACGACGAGGAUGGCGAUUUUCACGUGGAAGAAGUCCAAAAUCAGAAGAAAGGUAGAGGAAGGAAGCCCACUGCUGCAGAGAAACCAAAGGUUACUACCACCAGGAAGAGGGCGCCAGCUCAGGGCAAGGCCAUGAGGCAGAAAGGGAUAGAAGAGAUGCUCAAGCCCACAGAGGACAGCAACACCAGCGCUCCUUCUCCUGAGAAGAAAGUACGGAAGAUGAGGCCCUCUCCCUUCAACAAGAAGAGCGGCUCGGUUUUGCAGAGAGGCGUGACUGCCGCUUCGACAAGCUCUGAAAAUACUGCCGAGACUUCACCACCCUCUGGCAGCUCCGCUGAGCCUGUUGUUGCACCGCAGCCAAGAAGGACAGCUAGGGCGACCAAGAAGACAGCAGUCUUCGACUUGGACGACAACUCUGACGACGAGGAUGAAGUGGUGGAGUUAACUGAUGAUUCCGACUUCGACUUGGACGACAACUCUGAUGACGAGUGAAUUUGAGGCGGUGGGAUACUGAAGUGAUGUAGCUUUGAUGAAUGAUACAUCUGCCAUGAGUUGUGUGUGACAGUACUUAGUUGAUGAAACAUUUUAGCUAAUCUGAGAUGCAUCUCUUGUGCGUUGUAUGUGGUGUUCAGUUGCCAAGACAUUUACUCAGUUAAUCGCUUUGGUUUUCUGUAA